AUGGUAGAUCACAGCGAGUCGAUUGGUACAACCCCCCAGAAAGAUAACGUCAGUAUCACUGAAAUCUCUCAAGACGAGAUAUCACAAAAUAAUGAUACACCUUAUAUUGACAUCAGUCUAAACCUAGAUGAAGAGGAACUACAACGCAGACAAAACUCCAAAUGGUUUCAAGUGAAAAAAUUCUGGUGGGAUGGAACUGGGAAGCACCCAAGGGAGCAACAGUACUUGAUGAAAUUGGAUUUUUUCUUAUUAACCUCGUCGUGCUUAGGGUAUUUCAUUAAAAACUUGAACCAAACAAACGUUACCACUGCUUAUGUCAAUGGCAUGGAUGAGUACUACGGCAUGAACAAAAACCAAUACAACUACCUUUUGACAAUGUUCACUAUUGGAUACAUUAUUGGACAAAUACCAUCCAACAUGCUUUUACAUAAAGUUUCCAUCAGAUACUAUUUAGCUGGGUUGGAAAUUUUAUGGGCAUUUUUCACCCUCAUUAUGAUUGCCGUACCAUCUCACAGAAUCAAGGCCUUAUAUGCAUUGAGGUUUCUUUCUGGAUUUACUGAAAGUGCAUAUUUCCCGUGUUUGGAAUACAUCCUUGGUGCACAUUACAGCAAAGACGAAGUCAGUAAAAGAAGUGCAUGGUUUGCCAUUUCUGGUAAUUUGAGUGGUAUUGUAUCGGGUCCUUUGCAACAGGCAAUUAUUAAACGGUUUAGCAAGUCAAGUAUGCCACCUUUCAAAUGGAUGUUUGUCUUUGAUGCAGUUAUCAGUUUCCCCAUCGGAAUAUACACUCUUUUUGCUAAUCCCAACACUCCAUCAACAACAAACCUGUGGUAUUUCACAGAAGACGAUAAAAAGGUUGGAUUGGAACGCCGGAGAUUGAUUGGAGCUGAGAUAAACACUAAAACAAACUAUUCCUGGAAGAAAAUAAAAUCAUUCUUUAACACAUGGCAUAUAUAUGUGUUUCCUAUUUUGUUCUUGUGUUACAACAAUGCAUGUUCAGCCAUAGGGCAGCCCACAUUUCAAACGUGGCUAAAACUUUCCCUCCAUAAACCGUCAAGUGUUUAUAAUAGCUACCCCUCCAUUGUAAGUGGUGUUGGUAUUGUCAUGGCCUUGUUGUUUGCAUACCUUAAUAAUUAUCUUGGCGGCAGGAAAAAUGUUUGGUUCGUUAAUGCUUUCUUCAUACCAUUAAUAAUUGGCUGUGCAUUGUUGGCAAAAUGGAAUAUCCCAAUUGGACUCCACUAUCUCUGCUACUUUUUGGUUGGGGUGCCUACCUCGUGGGGCCAGCCAUUCAUUUUUUCAUGGAUAAAUCGAUUGUUGUAUCACAAUGACAUGAAACGAAACUUUGUUGUUGUUGUCACCAACACGUUACCCUACGUUACUGGAGCGUUUGUCCCGAUUUUUGUUUGGAACACCAACGAUAAACCGAAAUAUUUUAUUGGAUUUAGUUAUACUGCUGCAUUGUCUGCUUUGGGAUUGAUUGCUACUUUUGUUGCUCAUUACUUGACUGUCCACGAUGAAAAAGGUGUUACUCUAAAGGAUUUGGAACUGUAUGGAUCCACUGAGUUUAGCAAAUAA